GCCGGGAUGUGUCAGGCCGGGCCGAUUGCAUUGUGGGGCGGGAGGCCAGAGCUCCAGCGGGACCCACUUCUGGCACGGCCAUCUGCACCUCAGAAUAUUGAUGACCCACCCAGGGCCAGCAUGAAUGGGGCCGAGCCUCGACUGUCUCCCUCCCACUCAGGAUGAUGCCCCCCACAGCCAUCUUGUGCCCGUCUCCACUGCCCUGGGGCAGCUGAGCUGAUGAGAUGCACCAAGCUGCCCAGAAGACCUCACUGCUUCACUCCCUAGUGGCGGUCCCCGAAAUGGCUUUCUGGCCUCCCUUCCGCCUCCUGCUGCUGCUCCUAUUGCCGCCACCUUCAACUGGAGCCCGUCGCUUCUCUGCACCCAACACCACCUUCAACCAUCUGGUGAUGGAGCCAGGCAGAGGCACACUCUACAUAGGCGCAGUGAACCACCUCUUCCAGCUCAGUCCAGAGCUGCACGUAGAGGCUGUGGCUGUCACUGGCCCUGUCAUCGACAGUCCUGACUGUGUGCCUUUUCGUGACCCAGCCGAGUGCCCACAGGCUCAGCUCACUAAUAAUGCCAACCAGCUCUUGCUGGUGAGCAGCGGGGCCCAGGAGCUGGUGGCUUGUGGGCAGGUGAGGCAAGGUGUAUGUGAGAAGCGGCGGCUUAGGGAUGUGGCUCAGCUCCUAUACCAGGCUGAAGACCCUGGUGAUGGGCAGUUUGUGGCUGCCAACACCCCAGGAGUGGCCACGGUGGGCCUUGUGGUGUCCCUGCCAGGCCGGGACCUCCUACUGGUGGCCAGAGGCCUGGCAGGCAAACUGUCAGCAGGGGUGCCACCCCUAACUGUACGCCAGCUGGCUGGACCCCAGCCCUUCUCCAGCGAGGGACUGGGACGCCUUGUGGUGGGUGACUUCUCAGACUACAACAACAGCUACGUGGGGGCCUUUGCGGAUGCCCACUCUGCCUACUUCGUCUUCCGCCGCCGUGGGUCCCGGGCCCAGGCGGAGUACCGCUCCUAUGUGGCCCGAGUCUGCCUGGGGGACACUAACCUCUACUCCUAUGUGGAAGUGCCCCUUUCCUGCCAUGGCCAAGGCCUCAUCCACGCUGCCUUCCUGGCCCCUGGCACCUUGCUAGGUGCGUUUGCCACAGGCCCCAGCGGGGCCCAGGCAGCCCUGUGUGCCUUUCCCCUGGCCAAGCUGAACAGGAGCAUGGAGCAGGCCCGGCGACUCUGUUACACCGCCGGAGGUCGGGGCCCCAGCGGCAUGGAGGAAGCUACUGUGGAGUAUGGUGUCACGUCACGCUGCGUCACCCUGCCCCCUGACUCCCCUGAGUCUUACCCCUGCGGCGAUGAACACACCCCCAGCCCCAUCGCGGGCCGCCAGCCCCUGGAGGCCGAGCCUCUGCUGCACCUGGGGCAGCCCAUCAGUGCCGUGGCAGCUCUCCAGGUGGAUGGGCACACGAUAGCCUUCUUGGGGGACACCCAGGGCCAACUACAUAAGGUUUUUCUCAACAGCUCCCAAGGCCAGGUGUACCACACUCAGCAAGUGGGGCCUCCAGGCUCAGCCAUAAGCCCAGACCUGCUGCUAGACAGCAGUGGGAACCAACUCUAUGUUUUAACUGCCCAGCAGGUCGACCGAGUACCGGUGGCAGACUGCCCCCAGUUUCCCGACUGUACCAGCUGCCUCCAGGCCAGGGACCCACUGUGCGGCUGGUGUGUCCUGCAGGGCAAGUGUACACGGAAGAGCAAGUGUGAACGGGCAGCCCAGCCGAACCAGUGGCUGUGGAGCUAUGAGGAAGACAGCUGUCUCCACAUCCAGAGCCUGCAGCCGGCCCAGCACCCUCGCCAGGAGCAAGGGCAGGUCACCUUGUCUAUUCCCCGGUUGCCCACCCUGGCCAUGGAUGAAUACUUCCAUUGUGCCUUUGGGGACUAUGACAGUCUGGCUCAUGUGGAAGGAUCCCAUGUGACCUGCAUUACCCCCCCUCAAGACAUGGUUCCAUUCAAUCCUCCAGGCACAGACCAUGUCACCUUGCCCCUGGCCCUGAUGUUUGAGAAUGUGGUGGUGGCAGACACCAACUUCUCCUUCUACGACUGCAGUGCUGUCCGCGCCUUGGAGGUGGCUGCCCCGUGCCGCACCUGUGUGAGCAGCCUCUGGCGGUGCCACUGGUGCCCACAGAGCAGCCAGUGUGUGUACGGGGAACACUGCCCAGAGGGUGAGAAGACUGUCUACAGUGCCCAGGAGGUGGACAUCCAGGUGCGUGGCCCAGAGGCUUGUCCCCAGGUUGAGGGCCUGGCAGGUCCUCACUUGGUGCCUGUGGGUUGGAAGAGCCAUUUGUCCCUGAGAGUUCAGAACCUUCAAUAUUUCCAAGGCCAGUCUGCCCACUAUGACUGCUGGCUGGAGCUGCCUGGGGGUCGGCAAAGGCUCCCUGCCUCUCUGGAGGAGACAGCAGGGAACACCGGCCUCAUUCACUGCCAAGACCACCAGUUCCACCUCGCCAUGUCCCAGCGGGAGCUCCUGGUGCCCAUUUAUGUGACCCGGGGUGAGGUCCAGAGACUGGACAAUGCUCGUGCUCUUCAUGUGACCCUGUAUGACUGUGCCGUGGGCCACCCUGACUGUAGCCACUGCCAGGCGGCCAAUGGGAGUCUAAGCUGCCUGUGGUGUGGCGAUGGCCAGCCUGCCUGUCGCUAUGGGCCACUAUGCCCACCAGAGGCUGUAGAACAGUUAUGCCCCACACCUACCAUUGAUUCGAUUGAGCCCCUGACUGGCCCCCCAGAGGGUGGUUUGGCCCUCACCAUCCUUGGCUCCAACCUGGGCCGGGCCUUUGCAGACGUGCAAGAUGCUGUGAGUGUGGCCGGCCAGCCUUGCCGCCCUGACCCCUCUCUCUACCGCACCUCUGCCCGGAUUGUGUGUGUGACAUCUCCUGCCCCCAAUGGCACUGCUGGACCAGUCCAAGUGGCCAUUAAGAGUCGUCCACCUGGCAUUUCAACCCAGUAUUUCACCUACCAGGACCCCGUCCUGCUGAGCCUGAGUCCUAGAUGGGGCCCCCAGGCAGGAGGCACUCAGCUCACCAUCCACGGGCAGCGCCUCCAAACAGGAGACAACAUCAGUGCCUUUGUGGGAAGUCAGCCCUGUCCCAUCCAGGAGCCAGUGUGUCCCGAGGCCAUCGUGUGCCGCACCAUGCCCCAGGCCGAGCCAGGAGAAGCGGUGGUUCUUGUGAUCUUCGGCCAUGCAGAACGCAAACUGCUCACCAGCCCCUUUCGCUACACUGCCAACCCCCAGCUGAUGGCAGCAGAGCCCAGCGUCAGCUUCCGGGGGGGUGGAAGGCUGAUCCGUGUCAGGGGCACAGGCCUGGAUGUGGUGUGGCAGCCCCUGUUGUCUGUGUGGCUCGAGGCUGAGGCCCAGAUGAAUGCUUUGGGGACCCAGCCCCAGGACCCCAACCCAAGGAGGAGCUGUGGUGCCCCCGCUGCGGAACCCCAGGAUUGUAUCCAGAUUAAGAGAGGUUUGCUACAGUGCUCCACGGUGUGUUCUGUCAACUCGUCCAGCCUUCUUCUGUGCCACAGCCCAGCGGUGCCUGAUGGAGCCCUCCCAAAGAGAGUCUUCUUUGCCCUAGACAAUGUGCACGUGGACUUCGCCAGUGCCAACGGAGGCCAGGGCUUCUCGUACCAGCCCAAUCCGCGGCUGGCCCCACUCACUCGAGAGGGGCUCACCCACCCCUACCGCCUCAAGCCGGGUCAUGUUCUGGAUGUGGAGGGUGAGGGCCUGAACCUGGGGAUCAGCAAGGAGGAGGUGCGAGUGCACAUUGGAGAUGGCGAGUGCCUGGUAAAGACCCUGACUGUCACCCACCUCUACUGCGAGCCGCCGCCGCGGGCCCCUCUGCCAGCCAAUGGCUCCGGCACCCUGCCGCAGUUUGUGGUGCAGAUGGGCAACGUUCGCCUGGCCCUGGGCCCUGUGCAAUAUGAGGCAGAGCCCACGAUACCAGCCUUCCCUGUGGAGGCCCAGGUGGGCCUAGGCGUGGGUGCUGCUGUCCUGAUCGCCGCGGUGCUCCUUCUAACCCUCAUGUACAGGCACAAAAGCAAGCAGGCCCUUCGAGACUACCAGAAAGUGCUGGUGCAGCUGGAGAACCUGGAGACAGGCGUGGGUGAUCAGUGCCGCAAGGAGUUCACAGAUCUGAUGACUGAGAUGACAGACCUCAGCAGUGACCUGGAAGCCAGCGGAAUCCCCUUCCUGGACUAUCGCACAUACGCGGAGCGUGCCUUCUUCCCUGGCCAUGGAGGCUGCCCGCUGCAGCCUGAGCUCGAACAGCCUGGGGAAGAGGGUCGCCGUGCCACUGUGCGCCAGGGCCUCACGCAGCUCUCCAACCUGCUCAACAGCAAGCUCUUUCUCCUCACACUCAUCCACACUUUGGAAGAGCAGCCGGGCUUCUCUCAGAGGGACCGCUGCCACGUGGCUUCACUGCUGUCUCUGGCGCUGCACAGCAAACUUGAGUACUUGACUGACAUCAUGAGGACUCUGCUUGGCGACCUGGCAGCCCAUUAUGUACACAAAAACCCCAAGCUCAUGUUGCGCAGGACAGAGACCAUGGUAGAAAAGCUGCUCACCAACUGGCUGUCCAUCUGUCUCUACGCCUUCCUGAGGGAAGUGGCUGGGGAGCCACUGUACAUGCUUUUCCGGGCCAUCAAGUACCAGGUGGACAAGGGCCCUGUGGAUGCGGUGACAGGCAAGGCAAAACGGACUCUGAAUGAUAGCCACCUGCUGCGAGAGGAUGUGGAGUUCCAGCCUCUGACUCUGAUGGUGUUGCUGGGACCUGGGGCUGGUGGAGUGGCAGGGGGAAGUGAGAUACAGCGAGUGCCAGCCCGGGUGCUCGACACGGACACCAUCACCCAGGUCAAGGAGAAGGUGUUGGACCAAGUCUACAAGGGCACCCCCUUCUCCCAGAGGCCUUCAGUGCACACCUUAGAUCUGGAGUGGCGCUCAGGACUGGCUGGUCACCUAACCCUGUCAGAUGAAGACUUGACCUCGGUGACUCAAAACCACUGGAAGAGACUCAACACCCUGCAACACUACAAGGUCCCAGAUGGAGCAACAGUGGGGCUCAUCCCUCAGCUGCACAAUGGUGGCACUGUCUCCCAGAGCCUGGCGCAGAUCGGCUGCCCCCCUGGAGAAAACACCCACAUGCUGGAGGACGGUGAGGAGGGUGGGGUGCGACUCUGGCACCUGGUAAAAGCCACCGAGGAGUCCGAAGGAGCAAAAGCACGACGCAGCAGCCUCCGGGAGCGUGAACGGGAGCGGGCGCGGGCCAAGGCCAUUCCAGAAAUCUACCUCACCCGCCUGCUCUCCAUGAAGGGCACCUUGCAGAAGUUUGUGGAUGACACCUUCCAGGCCAUUCUCAGCGUGAAUCGACCUGUGCCCAUCGCCGUCAAGUAUCUGUUUGACUUCCUGGAUGAGCUGGCAGAAAAGCAUGGCAUCGAGGACCCAGAGACCCUGCACAUCUGGAAGACAAACAGCCUGCUGCUGCGGUUCUGGGUGAACACCUUGAAGAACCCACAGCUCAUCUUCGAUGUGCGGGUGUCAGAUAACGUGGACGCCAUCUUGGCUGUCAUCGCACAGACCUUCAUUGACUCCUGCACCAUCUCAGAGCAUAAAGUGGGCCGGGAUUCCCCAGUGAACAAACUGCUCUACGCCCGGGAGAUCCCUCGCUACAAGCGGAUGGUGGAGAAAUACUAUGCGGACAUUCACCAGAGCUCUCCGGCAAGCUACCAGGAGAUGAACUCAGCUCUAGCUGAGCUCUCUGGGAACUACACGUCCGCUCCCCACUGUCUACAGGCUCUGCAGGAACUCUACAACCACAUCCACAGGUAUUAUGACCAGAUCAUCAGUGCUCUGGAGGAGGACCCUGUGGCCCAGAAGAUGCAGCUGGCCUGCCGCCUGCAGCAGAUCGCUGCCCUGGUAGAGAACAAAGUGACUGACUUGUAAGCCGGGGGACCGCAGUUUGCACCUGAAGCCCACCAACCUUGUCAGCACCAAUCAGGACUCAUUGCCGCAGUGGUUAAAGACUCCCAGACCAACCAGUGACUGUGGAAGGGUUGGCAGAGUGGGCUCUACCCCCAACUUGUUUCUAAUUUAUAACAAUCCCUACCCCUUUUCUGCCACUGUAUUUAUUUGCUUGCUGGAGAAUCACAUCUGGGAAUAAAAUAGAAAUACAAAUUUUUAGUAAAA